AUGUUUCGAGUUUCGACAUCAUCACAGAACUUGUUGAAAUGGAGUGGAAAAUUCUUUGCUCCUUACGGUAAUUUAUCAUCAUCCGUGGUGCUGAGUCGUGGUGUCAUGAUUAAAUUCUCAAUUUCGGGAGGAGAAAAUCAAGAACGAUUCAAAUCAUUUUCAUCAUCAUGGGACAAAGAUUCUAAAGUCUCUUCUUCAUCAAAAAGAAAACAAGAUGGCGGCCGAUUGGAUAGAUCAAAAUACGUUGAUCAGCUCGGAGAAGGUAAAGGUGUUAGUAGUGGUUACUCCAAACCAGCUCCAGCAGAACGAUGGACAGAUAGAAAAAAGUCAGCCGUAAAAGAGGACAAGACAACAUCCAAGCCUUCUUCUUUUGAGAGCAGGAAGCCUGUUGAGCGAAGAAGCUCAUUCCGUGAUUCCAGAAGAGAUGAUUGGGGAGAGGAAGCCCUUGCUCCACCAAGAAGAAGUUCACGUUAUUCUGAGUAUGAAGAUGCAAAGCCAGCCAGCAAUAAAUUUAGAGAAGAAAGCGGUCGAAGAGCCUCGUUCAGUGGUGAGAGCAGGAAAGAUUUCAAAUCAUCAUCAAAAUUCGAAGAGAAGAACAACAGAUUUGAACGAAAGCCAACUUUCAGAGAAAAUAGAGAUGAGAACAACAGAUUUGAACGAAACCCCUCAUUCAGAGAAGAAAGAUCCAGAGAUGAGAGUAGAGUUGAAAGAAAACCAAGAGAGGAUAGAUAUGAGAAUAGAUUUGAACGAAAGCCAUCCUUUAGAACAGAAAGAGAAGAUAGAGAUAAAUUUAGAGGAGGAGACAAAUUUGGCAGAACUAGAUCACCAUCCAAACCAAGAUCUGAUGAUGACAAAAUAUUUAAAACAAGUUUCAGACCUGCCAGGGGAGAAAGGACUAAGAGAGAGUUUGAUGAUGCUCCAAAGAAAAGAUCAUUUGAAGAAAAUGCUCCUCGAAUGGAAAAGAGUCGAUUUCCUCGUGGAUCAAUAUCUGAAAGCAAGAAGUUUUCACAAAGCAAAGAUUUCUCCAAGGAAUCUCAAAGUUCUAAAUCAAAGCGACGUUCUGAAAUUGAGCAAGACAUAGACGAAUGGGAAGAAUUCCAAGAUCAAAAACCAUCUAACAAGAAGACUACCAAAAAGAAGAUCGAAAAAGCUGAUGAGGUUUUGAGACAACCAGUAAAAAGCCCACGUGCAAUCGAGAGAAAGGCCAUGUUAUCCAACACUGGUAAGCAUGCCACUUCGGCAGGAGUUGCACAUGUGCUCAGUAAGUCCAGAGAUGAGCAAACGAACACAAAGAUAGUGAACCAGCCACUUCCCAAUGUGACAUUUAUUACCAAUGCGAAUCCCUCUCAGCGCAAAUAUGAUAUGGAUCAAGCAUUUGAUUACUAUGACAAUGGUUUGAAUGAGAAUGGAAAUGAAUAUAUGGAUGAAUUUGAUUAUGACGAUGAUUAUUUUGGAAGCAUGAAAGAGUGGGAGCUUGAUAACAUUCUUAGCCAUUUCAAAAAGUAA